CACCCCCCAGCUCGUUGAGCGAGCAUGAACGGGGAGGGCCAACUCCUGCUGGCAAGGCAGAAGUAUAUAGCAUCGACGAUCCGCUCGUGAAACCAUCCGGGCGAGAGAGAACUUGACCAUCUCCAGCCAGCGCUCAACAGACUCUCCUGUCAGUGCCACCGUCUCAGCCAAAUUCGGCGGUUGAAUAAUCACUGGUCUGAGAGCCCAUCAGCCGCGCCAGUCAUUACGUCGGCUUCGUCUCCUCUGUGGUCGCUUCGCCGCCGACUGAAAAGGAGCGCCCUGUACGCGACGUGCUCUCUUCUGCAACCGGGAUCCAACGCUGCCGUUGACUCGCGGGAAACACAAAGGGGGCCGAGAGAGAGAGUCUUGUUGAGACACUUGUACGAAGCAGGCUCGAGAGCUCCCUGUUGCAACAACACCAACAACAAAGAUGGAUUCGGAGGGCAUCCACGCCCGCCACGUGCCCCGGGGGUCCGACCCUGAGAAGGGCGGCUCCGUGAGCGGCAAGGACGCCUACGAGCAUGUCGACAUCCGCGGCAUGGAGACGUCGCCCGAGACGUCGCUGCACCGCGGCCUCAAGGCGCGCCACAUCACCAUGAUUGCCAUUGGCGGCGCUCUCGGCACGGGUCUCAUCAUCGGCACCGGCAAGGCACUCGCGCAGGCUGGCCCCGGCUCGCUCUUCAUCUCGUAUACCUUUGUUGGUAUGCUCGUCUUCAUGAUCAUGGCUGGCCUCGGCGAGAUGGCCGCCUGGCUGCCCAUGUCCUCUGGCUUCACCGGUUAUGCCACGCGCUACUGCCACCCGUCCCUCGGUUUUGCUCUUGGCUGGACUUACUGGCUCAAGUACAUCAUCGUCACGCCCAACCAGCUUACCGCCGCCUCGCUCGUCCUCCAGUACUGGGUCCCGCGCGAAAAGGUCAACCCGGGCGUGUGGGUGGCCAUCCUGCUUGUCGUCAUCUUCUGCAUCAACUACCUCGGCGGCAUCAAGUUCUUUGGCGAGUUUGAAUUCUGGCUCUCGUCGUUCAAGGUGAUUGUCGUCGUUGGCAUCAUCCUCUUCUCCCUCAUCAUCGCCGCCGGGGGCGGCCCCAACCACGACGCCCCGGGAUUCCGCUACUGGAGCGACCCCGGCGCCUUUGCUCCUCUCUACGGCACGGGCUCGUUGGCCAAGUUUGUCGGCUUCUGGUCCGUCAUGGUCAAUGCCACAUUCGCCUACCUCGGUACCGAGCUGGUCGGUGUCACGGCCGCCGAGGCGCAGAACCCGCGCCGCAGCAUCCCCAAGGCCAUCAAGCUCACCUUCUUCCGCAUCCUCUUCUUCUACUGCCUCAGCGUCCUGCUCGUCGGCAUGAUCGUCCCCUACAACUCCAAGGAGCUCGCCUUUGCCAACAAGAAGGACGCCUCGGCCAACGCCAGCCCCUUUGUCGUCGCUGCCGUCCUCGCGGGCAUCAAGGUGCUGCCGCACAUCAUCAACGCCUGUAUCCUCAUCUUCGUCUUCUCCGCCGCCAACUCGGACCUGUACAUUGCCAGCCGUACGCUCUACGGCCUGGCCAGUGACCGCUCCGCUCCCGCCAUCUUCCGUCGCACGGACCGUCGCGGCGUGCCGUACCCGGCGCUCUUCGUCUGCACGGGCUUCGCCUGCCUGGCCUUCAUGGUUGUGUCGGACGACUCCAAGAAGAUCUUCUCCUACUUUGUCAACCUGACCACCAUCUUCGGCAUCCUGUCGUGGAUCUCGCUGCUCGUCACCUACAUCCACUUCCUCAAGGCGCGCCGGGCGCAAAACAUCCCCAACAGCGCCAUGCCGUACGUGGCGCCGCAGGGCCUCAUCGGCACUUACAUCGCCCUCUUCUUCUGCUGCCUCAUCGCCCUGACCAAGAACUUCAACGUCUUCGUGCACCAUGACGGCCUGACCUUUGACUACAAGGAGUUCAUCACGGGCUACCUCGGCAUCCCCAUCUACCUCAUCCUCAUCUUUGGCCACAUGCUCGCCACCAAGAGCCGCGCCGUCAAGGCCCACGAGGCCGACUUCUACACGGGCAAGGAAAUCAUCGACAACGAGGAGGCCAGCUUCCUGGAGCACAAGGCGGAGAAGGACGCGAACGCUACGGGCUGGGCCAAGUUUUACAACCGGUACGUUUCGUGGCUGUUCUAGAGGAGAGAAGUCGGGGGAUUGGAUGUGCGUGCGGUGCGGAAUUUCGCCGCCCGCAUUACGGUACCUAUGAUGGAGUUAUGAAGUACAUAUGUCAAAUGAAUAAGACACCACCUG